CACCCCACAUCCUGUCACCUCCUGCGCCCGCCCAGACGCUUCUCUCCAUCCACCCCGGGGCGGGCCCUGUCCCCGUGCCCUAUAAAAGCACCGCCGGUGACAGCCCAGGGGACACCACGCGCAGGGCAGGACUCGGAAGCCACCAGGCUGUGCUUCUGUUGGGGACAAGCGGGGACGGAGCCCGGGCCACAUUUUUGGGGCGUUCACUCUGGAACCUACUGACGGUCGGUGCCGGCAGCCAUGUCCUUCGUGCCCAGAGAGGCAGGCAGCCGCCCUCAGCUCUGUGUCACCCCACCAGGGGCCGCGGGGGACGUCCUGUGGGGUGGCAUCAGCACCAGGGGCGGCCGCUGGGGGUGGCGAUGGAGGCGGCCGCUGGGGACGGUGACCCGAUGGAGUCCGUUGUUGACCCCGACAUGGUGGCCUUGUUUGAUGACUUCCUGGGGAGAGUCGAGGAAUUCUCCACCUCGGCGCUGGUCCCGGCGGGCGCUCAGCCGUACCACUACGUGGUGAGGGACACGGAGCACAAAGGUCUCUACCUGAGGGACGGGCGUUUGGUGGCCGCCAACCUGCAGGGUGCCAACGCCGACCAGGAAGAACCCAUCAGCGUGGUGCCCAACCGGCACCUGGAGCGCCAGCGGUGUCCCCUCCUGGUGGGGAUUCGUGGGGGCACCAAGGCGUUGUCCUGUGGCACCGGCCCCGAGCCCCGACUGCAGCUGGAGGAGGUGAAGCUGUUGGAUCUGUUCGCCUCGCAGGACGCGGCCAUUCCCUACACGUUCUACAAGACGUUCGGGGGCAGCACGCACAGCUUCGAGGCCGCCGCGUUCCCGGGCCAUUUCCUGAGCACCGCCCCGCAGUCCGACCAGGAGCUGGGCCUGGCGCCGCGCACCGCCCCGGGCUCCAUCACGUCCUUCUACCUGCGGCGCCGGUGACGGGGGGCGGCCCCCCCAUAGAAAUAAAGGCGCUGCCCGCAGUGUCUGCGUGUGUGCGGUUACGGGCCGGGCCCCGUUUGGGGGCCGUUCAAGGCCAUCCGGCCCAACCCCCCCGCGCCGAACAGGGUCGCAACGCGGCUCCAGGAGGGGCCG